UUUGUCAGACAAGAUAAUUUUCUUUUUUUAUUCUUUCACAAUCGUCUCAAGCCGGAAGACGUGUAUUUGUAGGUGCGUGCUUGCAAAAGUGAAAAAGUUUAAUUUUAAAUAAGAAAUAAUAAGUUUAUUGUAAAAAGUAUUGCAUAUACUUUGUUACAAUCAGAUAAUUUUGUAUAUAGCAGCAUUUGCAAAUACAAAACAAAAGUUUUUGCUACAAAUUUGAAACAUCAAUAACAAAUCACAAAAAAAUGGAGCAAAUUAUUGCAAAUUUAUUGUGUGCCGACAAUAAUCUCAUUAAGCAGGCUACUGCUGAUCUACAAGAAGCCUACAAGCGUCCUGAGACUAUACCUCAACUAUGCGAUAUUGUUGUAUCAAACAAAGAACCUCAGGUACGCCAAUAUUCGGCUGUAUUGUUAAAGAAACGUUUGGGUAAAUUGCGCCAUUGGCAGAUGGUACCACCAGAACAGCAGCAAAUUAUUAAACAAGGUAUGCUUAAUGCCUUGGUCACCGAACAGGAAAAAUCUGUACGCAAUGCUAUUGCCCAAUUUGUGGGUGUUUUAGUGCGUCAUGAAGCCGAUAAGAAAGAUCCCUGGAUGAAUGAUGUUCUUAAGUUCAUCUACAGCCACUGCAGUUCAGCUGAUCCCAAACAAAGUGAAUUGGGUUCAUCCAUUUUCGCCACGCUUACCGAUGUAGCACCCGAUCAGUUUGUUCCCCAUAUGGAAUCGGUGUGUGAAAUGUUCACCGCAGCCCUUGUAGCUACCGAAGCCAGCGGUAAUAUGUCCUCGCCUGUAAUCUUCAACAUCUUAUCCGGUAUGACCUAUUUGGUGCCAUUCAUUUUGGGUCACAAUGCCGCCGAACAAACCUAUCAAAAAUCUAUUCCUUUGAUUAUUAAAUCAUUGCAAGCUUUUGCUGUACAACCUGAUGUUGAUCAAUUCGUACGUGCUUUUGAUAUUUUGGAGAGUAUGGCCGAUUAUACUCCCAAAUUGUUGACCACCAAUAUCAAAUUGUUGUUGGACUUUUGUUUGGAGGCUUCAAAUAACGCACAAUUGGAUAGUGCUGUCCGUGUUAAGACUGUAGCAUAUAUUGGUUGGUUGGUACGCCUUAAGAAGAAGGUUAUCAUUAAGCAGAAACUUAUUGAGCCCAUCAUUCAAGUUGUUUUUACUUUGAUGGCAACCGAACCAGAGGGUGAUGAGGAUGAUGAAGAAUACUUCCUUGGCGAAGACAGUUCCAAUCCCAUGACUACCGCCACUCAAACUAUGGAUUUGUUGGCCUUGAAUGUUCCCCCAGAGAAGUUGAUCCCACCACUAUUGCAAUUGUUGGAGCCUGCUUUGCAAGGUCAAGAUCCUUUGCCCCGUCGUGCCGCUUACUUGAGUAUGGCUGUUAUUGCUGAGGGUUGUUCUGAAGCUAUUUGCAACAAAUACUUGGAAACCAUGUUGAAUAUUGUUAAAGUUGGUAUUACUGAUCCCGUACCACUUGUACGCAAUGCUGCCUUCUUUGCCCUCGGACAAUUCUCCGAACAUUUGCAACCCGAUAUUACCAAAUUUGCUCCACAAAUUUUGCCAAUUCUCUUUGAAUUCUUACAACAAUUGUGCAACGAAUUGAGGAGCGGUGGUGUAGAACCCAAACACAUUGAUCGUAUGUUCUAUGCUUUGGAGACUUUCUGUGAAAAUUUGGAGGAUGCUUUAGUUCCCCAUUUGCCUUUACUUAUGGAACGCUUGUUUGAGGCCAUGAAUCCUAAUAACUCAGUACGUGUACGUGAGUUGUCUUUGAGCGCCAUAUCUGCCGCUGCCAAUGCUGCCAAGGAAAACAUGAUGCCUUAUUUCCAACAAUUGAUUGCCAUGUUGCAAACUUAUUUGGUUAAAACUGAAAACGAAGAUAUUUUGUCUCUGCGUUCCCAAGCCAUUGAUACCUUGGCUGCUAUUGCCCGUACCAUUGGCAAGCAAAACUUCAUGCCUUUGGCCACUGAUACCAUGACUUUCGCCUUGGCUUUGUUGGAAGAAGCUGAUGAUCCAGAUGUACGUCGUGCUCUUUACAAUUUAAUUGCUUCGCUGGCCGAAGUUGUCAAUGAAGAAAUGGCCUCUGUUUUCCCUAAGAUCAUGGAACGUCUCUAUGAUUCUAUACUCUCGACUGAUGAAGUUAUUCCCGAAUUCAAGGAAGAUGUUAUCAAUGUUCCCGCUCCCGACAAUGAGGAGAAUGAAGAUCGUGAAAUUGAUAUUGAAAAUUCCGACGGCGAAGAUGAUGAUUUGGACAACAUUGCUGGUUACAGUGUAGAAAACUCUUAUUUGGAUGAAAAAGAAGAAGCUAUUUUGGCUCUUAAGGAAUUUGCUCAACAUACCGGUGCUGCUUUCAUUCCCUAUCUCGAGCAAUCCUAUAAGAAUGUUUACAAAAUGAUUGAUCAUCCUCAGGAGGAUAUUCGUAAAGUAUCUAUUGAUGCCUUGACCACCUUUAUUAUUGCCUUGUACAAACAGAAUGAUGUUCAAGGUGUUGGUAAUGCCAUUACUAUUUUAAUUCCCAAAUUGGGUCAAAUUGUCCGUGACGAUGAAGAAGUCUCUGUUGUUUUGGCCGCUCUCGAAAGCUUCUCUGAUAUUUUGAAAGAAUUGAAACAUGUUGCUUUGCCCGAUGACAAGUUGACCGAUACCAUUUUCACUUGCAUUAACGAUGUCUUGUUGGGCAAAGUUGCCUGCCAAUUCGAUGAACCCGCUGGUGGCAAUGACGAUGACGCUGAAGAAAGUGAAUAUGAUGAAGCUAUUGUUGAAGGAGCUGGUAAUUUGUUGCCACUAUUUGGUCAUGCCAUGCAACCUGAAAAGUUUGCCAUGUACUUUGGACGUGCCUAUCCCAUUAUUGUUUCUAAAUUGCAAAAGGCCAAGAAGAAUGAAGAACUUGAGUCUCAAAGAGCUUUUGUUUAUGGUGCUUUGGCUGAAUGUUUUGGUGCUUUGAAGAGCUGCACAGGAACCUAUUUCGAUACCUUCUGUCCUCUUAUGAUUGAUGGUCUUUCUGAUGACUUCUACCAGGCUCGUCAAAAUGCUGUUUUCGGUUUGGGCGAAUUAGUUUUAUAUGCUGAGGAAAAAUCAUUCGAAGCUUAUCCUCACAUUUUAAUGGCCUUGUCACAAGCUGUUGCAAAUGAAAAAGAACCCGCCGCUCUGGACAACAUAUGUGGUGCUAUUGCUCGUCUUAUCAUCACCAACUGCAACCUGGUGCCUUUGAAUCAAGUAUUGCCCGUUUUAUUACAGCAUUUGCCUUUGCGUGAAGAUUUCGAUGAGAAUGCUUCCAUCUUCAAAUGCUUCAAACUUUUGUACAUUCAAUGCCGUGAAGCAAUUACCCCAUCUAUUGAACAAAUACUCGCCAUUGCCAUUCAUGUCUUGUACAAAAAGGAGUUUGUCGAUCAAGAGACCUGCGAAAAUGCUGUCGGUUUAGUUAAGGAAAUUCGUGAAAAUUAUCCCGAUAAUUUCAGUGUUGUUGCCAAUUCCAAUCCCGAAGUUUUACAAUUUUUGCAAACUCUAUAAGAACUGGCAAAUAUUAGAACGUUAAUUAACAGCAACAUCACUUUGCUUUCUAGAAAUAGUACGACGACAAGUAUUUGAAACUGUUAUUUCUUCCAAAGAAACUUUAACCGACCGUAACACAUUUUCCCCCCUGAUUCUUGCAAAGCCAACAAGAUAAAGUGUACAUUUCAAAACUAUAUACAAACAAACAUACAUUUUCUCUUAAGUAAGACUGCAAAGCAUCAUACAACAAAUGAAAAGAAACGAUAUAAUACUUGUAAUUAUUAUAAAUAUUAUGAGCAGCAAUUCCUUCUAACCAUUUUAAAACCAAACACUUUAUAUUAGUAUUUUAACUUACAAUUUACAUAUUUGUUGUUCAAUUAUGAUGUACUUUCACAAACAUGUAGUUAUAUUUGACACAACAACACAAGAUGUUUUAUUUUAAUUUUAUUUUUGUUUAAUUAGUUGCUUUGUUUGCAGCUACAUAUAUAUUUAAAUAGUUUUGUAUAUCUGGCAUAUACACCGGAGCCAUACUUCAUGUUUGAAGAACUUCGUCUCCACUUACUCAAUCUCAAAGGAGUACGUCAUCAUCAAGACGUACUUGGAUAUUAUUUGUAGUUCAUUAAGUAUUUCCUUAUUUUUUUAUUAGACUUUAUUUUCGAGUUGUUGGUACUUUUACCAGUACACAGCAUACUCCACGGGCUGUGAUAAAAUAUAUCCUUGUGUCAAAUUGUUUUCUUAUCGCCUUUUUUUCUCCCUCCCUCCCCUCUCACACUAGUAAUGUCAUGUUUUUUAUUAAAUCAAUCCCAUUGCUCUCUAUUGGUAAACUUGUGCUUAAAUUUCAGGAAUUCAGUUUUCUUUUUAUUAUUUUGAAUUUUAACAAAAUUUAUUUUACUUUUGCGCUACACUGUCAAUUGAAUUUAUGGUUUUAUUUUUAAAACUUUGCCGUGCUUAGCAGCUAUUUAACACAAAAACAUUUUAAUUUUUAUUUAGGUCAAACUUUUAAAUUCAAAUGAAGUUUUUAGUUAUUAUAAAUUUUUUAUAUCCUUUUUUUAAAAUUGUAUGACCACAAAAAAUUUUAAAUAUGUAUAUGCAUAUUAUUAUACUUAUAUUUUCAUUACUUAUAUAGUAUAUUAUACUUUUUUAACAAAAAUUGUUUUGCACUUUUAAUAUAAAAUUAAAAAUUGUAUUUAACGUCUAUAAUGAAAUAAUUUCAUAAAUUAUAUUAAAUUAUAAAUAAGCAUACACUAAACAAAUGUAUGCUAAAAGUUUUUUUUUAAUAUUAAAUUUAUUACCCUCUUAUAAUAUUGUGGUAAAAAAAAACAAAGAGUUGAAAUUAUCUAUGUAAUAGUUAAGAAAACAAUACAACUCACAACAUGUUAAUAAUAAAUAAAUUGAAGUUUGAAACGAUA